UUUACCUGCAGGUAUCGGACAUCAUUGCUUAUUCUUCAAUUCUUAUGUGGUCAAGUAUUAUGGGUGCAAACAUCAUAUUGAAUUUGAAAUGUUGUGAAUCUUGUAGAUGACACGACCCAAUAUUCAGCGCAUAAUACUGCACCACGAGUAAACCAAACCUCUGAUUUAUCUACAGGUAUGAUGUGCACUAUUAAUUUAUAUACUUUCUAUUUACGAGUGAAGACUUAUGUUCUCAUUUUUCUAUCACAUGAAAACUUCAUUACAGAAAGUGAACAAGUUGGGAAUUUUGAACCACAUGAAGACCAUGCCACGGAUUUACCUGCGGGUAUCGGUCAUCAUUGCUUAAUCUUCAAUUCUUAUAUAGUCAACUAUUAUGCAUGCAAACAACAUAUUGAAUUUGAAAUUUUGUGAAUCUUGUAGAUGACAAUGAAUAUAACCCAGAUGAGGAUUUUGGUGACAAUGAGGUGAAUGCAACAAAAUCCAGGAAAUUUGUUAGUGCGAGGGAGUACUACUGCUUCAAACUGCAGGUCAGGAAGAAGCUUUUUAACAUCAUCUUGUUCGGGGCGCGCCUUUUCCAACAGUGGGCUGUUGACAUGUAUAUCAAGAUGGAGACUAUGAGGCUUGACUGGUACUCAAAGCCGGAAAAUCAGAAGGUUAUACGCGCUGACCUCUACCAGGGUCUUGUUGACACUGUCGUUGUCGGCGAGUCACGCGGUGAUCGGAUUGGCAAGAGAAUCGUGCUCCCACGUACAUUUCCAGGUGGUGACCGUGACAUGCAACGGAGGUUUCUAGAUGCGAUGGCAAUAGUCCAGCGGUGGGGUAAACCGGAUUAUUUUAUCACAAUGACUUGCAAUCCUUAUUGGGAGGAGAUAACUGAGAAAUUGUUGCCUGGACAACUGCCACAAGACCGUCCAAACCUGGUGGCAAGAGUAUACAAAGCUAAACAAUGAGAUAUGAUGGACUUACUGACUAAGGGUAAGCAUUUCGGAGAAGUUGCGGCUUAUGUACAUGUCACGGAGUUUCAGAAACGAGGUCUCCCGCAUGAGCAUAUACUUCUAAUCAUGAAAGCAAAAAGCAAGUUAGCGACCCCGGAUGACUAUGAUCGGGUGAUAUCUGCAGAGAUACCUGACAAAGAAAAAUACCCCAUUCUACAUGAUCUGGUCAUCAAACACAUGAUGCAUGGACCCUGUGGUGAGUUGAAAAAAAGUUGUCCUUGCAUGAUUGAUGGACAGUGCCAAUUUCAUUACCCGCGAGAUUUUUGCAAUGCCACACAACAAGGGAAAGACUCAUAUCCCAUCUAUAGGAGGAGGGACGAUGGGCGUGGAGUUAGGAUCAGAGGAGCAAAUUUGGACAAUAGAUGGGUGGUCCCUUACAACCCUUUUCUGCUUAUGCGAUACAACUGCCACAUUAAUGUCGAAGCAUGCUCGAGCAUCAAGGCAGUCAAGUACUUGUUCAAGUACAUCUACAAAGGGCAUGAUCGGACAUCCUUUGCAUUCGAGCAGGAUAUCAUCAAUGAUGGUGGAAUCAUCAAUGAAAUCCGACAAUAUAGGGAUGCACGCUAUGUAUCUCCUCCAGAGGCUAUUUACAGGAUUUUUGGUUUUAAAAUGUUUGGUGUCAGUCCAUCUGUGCUGCAGCUCCAGCUUCAUUUGCCAAACAUGCAUACAGUUGCAUUUAAAUCUUGUGAAAAUCUGGAAGAUGUUCUUGCUCGACCAUCUUCUUCCAAGUCCAUGCUUACCGAGUACUUUGAGAUGAACCGAAGGUUUCCGGAGGCACGAAAAUGGUUGUACAGAGAGUUUCCAGAACAUUAUAGAUGGAUAGCUGGAAACAAGGAGUGGCAGAAUAGAAGAAAUAAGAGAUCACAAAUUGGAAGGCUUGUGUAUGCACACCCUGCUGAAGGAGAGAGGUACUACUUGCGUGUCCUACUAAGUCAUGUCCGAGGUGCCACUUCAUUUGAUGAUUUAAAAACAGUAAAUGGCAAGGCAUGCAGUUCCUUCAGGGAGGCAUGUGAGCACUUAGGCCUCAUUGAGCAUGACAGGACUCUUGAUGAUUGCAUGACGGAGGCAGCCACAUUUCAGAUGCCUUGUGCCCUAAGACGGUUGUUUGCGACUAUACUGGUAUUUUGCGAGGCAACAGAAAUCCGACAAAUGUGGGACAAGCAUCUAGCAUCAAUGUCUGAGGAUUACCGUCGUAACCAAUCCAAUGAGGCAACACUUGAACAGAUGGUGCUUAGAGAUAUCAGGGAUAUGUUGCAAUCCAUGGGAAAGGAUAUUACAAGCUAUGGACUUCCAGAUCUGGUUGAGACCGAUGGUUCUUAUGAUGGUGAGCGCAGAGAGGUAACAGAGGAGAGGCAAGUCACCGUGGACAAAGAACAUCUAGAUCUAUUUAGCAGUUUGAACAGUGAGCAACUGGCUGGUUUCAAUGACAUAAUGGAUCAUGUGAUGAACCAAAAAAGUCAGGUGUUCUUUGUUGAUGGUCCAGGAGGCACUGGGAAGACGUACUUAUACAAGGCAUUGCUUGCAAAGGUGCGUUCCAUGGGCCAAAUAGCAAUUGCAACUGCUACAUCAGGUAUAGCAGCAUCGAUAAUGCCUGGAGGACGGACUACACACUCUAGGUUCAAAAUUCCAAUAAAGCUCACUGACAACAGCAUGUGUAGUUUCACAAAGCAAAGCGGUACAGCGGAGUUGCUUAAACAGGCGUCCUUAAUAAUUUGGGACGAAGUCGCUAUGACAAAACGUCAAGCUGUUGAGACGCUUGAUAGAUCGUUGCAGGAUAUAAUGGAAUGUCCAUUGCCGUUUGGGGGAAAGGUUGUCGUCUUUGGUGGGGAUUUCAGGCAGGUCCUUCCCGUUGUGGCACGUGGGACAAGAGCACAGAUCACAGAUGCUACACUUGUGAGAUCAUAUCUGUGGGAGAAGACCCGCAAGAUACGUCUGACGCAUAAUAUGCGUGCACAGGCUGAUCCUUGGUUCUCCAAAUACCUCCUAAGGAUCGGCAAUGGAACAGAAGAGACAAUUGGCGACGACUAUGUGCGUCUCCCUGACGACAUUGUGAUCGGCUAUACUGAGGAUGAAAAAGCUAUUAACACGCUCAUUGAAGAUGUCUUCACAUCGCUGCAUGCCAAUGCUAGAUCGAGAGAGUACAUGAGCGCACGUGCAAUUCUUUCGACCAAGAAUGAUCAUGUGGAUGACCUGAAUGAUAAGAUGAUCUCCAGGUUUCCAGGCGAAGAAAAGUUAUACCAUAGCUUCGACUCAAUCGAGGAUGACUUGCAGAAUAAUUACACAAUUGAUUUUUUGAUCUCAAUCACACCAAAUGGCUUGCCACCGCAUGUUUUGAGAUUAAAGGUCAACUGCCCAGUCAUUCUGCUUCGGAACCUCGACCCUCAUAAUGGCCUAUGCAAUGGAACACGACUUAUGAUCAGAGCCUUCCAGGAUAAUGCAAUCGACGCGGAGAUUGUUGGAGGUCAGCAUGCUGGAAAGAGGGUGUUCAUACCUAGGAUCCCUAUGUCGCCCUCGGAAUACAUCUCACUUCCCUUCAAACUUAAGAGAAAACAGUUCCCCAUCCGCCUAAGUUUUGCGAUGACAAUUAAUAAGGCACAGGGUCAGACCAUCCCAAACGUUGGUAUUUACCUCCCUGAGCCUGUAUUCUCACAUGGUCAGCUAUAUGUUGCAUUGUCAAGGGAAGUGUCAAGAGAGACGACACGGAUUUUGGCCAAGCCAAACAAGGAGGUUGAUAAAUCCGGGAAAAGCACCAAAAACAUUGUCUACAGAGAUGUUUUAGAGAGAUGAGGCAGGUGUGUCAUUCCAUUACUUCUUUGCAGCUACUAUGUUCUUGCAUCUAUAACUAUUUUUGGAACUAACAUUAUUUUUGUUUUUCAUUUUCAGGUUUAGCCUACCAUGAUACGGUUACAUGUAUAUUUUAUGGAUACAUGUACAUGAUAUUUUAUUGUACCACACAACACACUUUUGGAAGACAAAUUUAGUUUCAGGGGCGAAUUGGGGUGCCGCUGAGUAGCAACAAACUGCAAGUCCAGAAACAUUACAGUGCUUGGGGGCGCUUCUAAUUUUGGUUACAACAGCGAGGCCCAGAUUGAGUGCCUGAUGGAAGGCUUACUCUUGUGAGAUAUCCAGUUUGUAUUAACAGAAUUACUACAUGCAUUUUGCAAUUACUUCCAUUGUGUAUGCCUCAUUUUGUAAUAUACAAUGGUACAAUUUCUCAGUGCAGAAAAGCGAGUAAACAUAUGU